AAACUUUUUUCGCCGUUUUGUAGUACUUUUGAAACCAUUUAAUUAAAAAAAAAAGAGAACUUUCUAUCUCUUAUAGUUUCGGAGAUAUUCGCAUCGAAAGAGAAAAACCGAUUUUUUUCACAGGGGUGUUCCACCCCCUAAAAGCGCGUAAGAGCACGUAUAAAAAAAUAUGUGUCUCUUAGUUUUAGCUGGAAAACAACAUAUUCAAAGCUCAUCCAAAUCGGAGGAGGACACUUUGAAACGGUCCCUUGUUAGUAAUUCAAGAUAUUAAAGUUAAUCUGUCUCACAUAGAUUUAUAGACUAUAUUUUAACUCUUCUUUCUCUCUUUAUUAGUUUCCUUUACUAGUUAUGUAUUAAAUAAAUUACACAAAAAUAUAUUAAAAUAAUUUAUUUCCAGACCAAGAUUGUGAAAGUUCUUCCGAUACACAGAGGACAACAGAUACACAUGAUAUAAUGCAAACGACACAAAUGACACAGCAUGGACAAUCUCAGACAACUGAUAUUACUUCUGAUUCAGAAAGUGGAAUCGCAAAUAUACAAGACGAUGAAUCAAUAUAUGAAGUUCCAGAAGACGAUUACGGAUAUUUGCAUUCAUCUACAAAUGAGAGCAAUGCCUAUACAGAAGAUCUUCCAUUUCAUACUGUACACUGGAUGCUGCAGUAUAGUCCAAGUACAUCCAAGGAAGAAUCAUCCUUAAAUAUUUGUACGGUGUGUUACAGUAACGAACGAACACACGUUUUCCUACCUUGCAGUCACCUCGCUUGUUGUAUCGAAUGCAUUAUACGUUUAGAAACUAAUCGUUGUCCGAUAUGUAAUGAAACAUAUGAAAACUAUGUUCGAGUUAUAAGAUCAUAAAGUCUGCUCCAAACAAUAUUUCUUCGUAAAAACAGAAGGCUCUCUAAAAGUUUUCGAUAUAAAAAAUGCAGUAUUACUUGAUAAGAUAAAAUUAUUUUGUGUUAGAAUUAAAGUGAUACUUGUGCAAUAUGUAUUUCUUUUUCAAAAGUUAGUUUAAAUAUCCUCAUAUGUAAUUUGAUUACGUCCUUGCUUGCAAAAUUAGGAAUUGUGUCAAAAUGAGAUAAACACGUAUUUGUAAAACACGUAUAAAUAUUUAUAGAGAUUAUAUAAAGAUAAAAAUGAUAAAAAGCAUACAACUAUGUUACUAGCAUUUAUUGUUACUGCUACAAUAACUGUCAUUAUAAAAUAAUGCAUAUUUGUUUUAUCCAAUUAUAUCUAAGUUUUCAUUUCACAAAUUUUCAUUUCUCCAGUUUAUUUCUUAAGGUAAAUAUUAUCUUUUAAAAGUUGUUUGAUCAUACAAAUUGAAGUUACAGUUAUCUAAGUUUUUUAAAGUCAAGACAGUUUUCUUUAACCAAUAUAUAUGUAGAUAAUUCGUUAUUAUAUAGAGAUUAUAUGGAGAUUAUAUAGAGAUUUUAUUUUGUACAAAUGUACGUAAUGCCAAAGAUCGAUUACUUCUCUUUAUAAUAUUGUCAUAAAUAGUGUGUUAGGUAUUGCGAUUAGAAAAAAUUAUAUGAGACACUAAGAUUAUAAAAAUACAAAAUAUUAUUUUUAUAUCAGACAAUAAAUCACACAAGGUAAUAACUUAAC